CCUAUAUUCUUUCAUUUCUAUUUUGUUCUGAGAAUCAAAAUGUCUUCCGCCGGAAUCACCGUCGCUGACGGCGGCGCAGCGCUGUAUUUCUGCCACAAAUGCAGUAACAACGUCACCAUUACCCCUUCUGCUACAGGCGAUCUCUUCUGCCCUACUUGCAACAGUGAUUUCGUCGAAGAAUACGAAGAGCCGGACCCUGAACCGGAAAUGUUUCCGAACUUCCCCAAUUCGGUCUUGUUGAGUAGUUUACUCAUGGGUUCUCGUUCGCGUUCUGAUCCUACCACCGGUUCUCGUCCGCAUUCUGCUCUUACCACCGGUUCUCGUGUUUCCCCAUACACUGCUAUUUUCAACUCAAACCGAAACCCUAGACAAACGUCCUCCGGGUCUGAUGAUUUCAACCCAUUUGAGUUUCUUCAGACUCAUCUGGCCGCUCUAAGAGCAAAUGGGGCUAGUUUCGAGUUCGUUAUCGAGGGGGGUAACGGGGGUAGUGGGUUCCAAUUGCCGGCGAAUUUUGGGGACUAUUUCAUCGGACCCGGGUUUGAGCAAUUGAUCCAGAAUUUAGCAGAAAAUGAUCCGAACCGAUAUGGGACUCCUCCCGCGUCGAGAUCAGCGGUGGAGGGGCUCCCUACCAUCAAAGUUGAUGAGGAAUUGAUGCGUUCUGAACUGGCACAGUGUGCUGUUUGUAAGGAUGAUUUUGAGAUGGGGUUAGAUGUGAAACAGAUGCCUUGUAAACAUGUUUAUCAUAAGGAUUGUAUUGUCCCGUGGCUUGAGUUGCACAGUUCUUGCCCAGUUUGUCGCUAUGAGUUGCCAACGGAUGAUCCUGAGAACGAGAACGAGAACAGGCAAAGAGACAAUGAUGGAGACUCAAGCGGGGGUGGUUCUUCUUCUGGAAGUGGGGAAUCAGGGAGAAGGUUUACUACAAUAUCAUUGCCAUGGCCUUUGGGGAGUUUUGGAUCAUCAUCUAGCCAGGGAGGAUCAGAGACUCGUGGGCAGCGGAACAGGGAGUCUAAUUAGGUGGUAUCCUUGCUUGCAGCUUGUAUCAUGCAUGACAAAGUUGGAGGAGUUGUUGGGUAGAUAAUUAGAAAAUGCUACAAAGGUAAAGGAUUAGGUUUCAUCCCUUAAACGUAGAUACAGGGUCUACACAAACCCCAGAUAGUAUUACAAGAUUUUUGUCUGAACCUUUUGCAUCAGAUGUCCAAAGUUUUCAUUUAUGCUUCAUCAAUCGCAAAUUUUGCAGAUUGUUUUAAUCCUUGUGCAGUUGAUCUGACAUUAUUGUUUUGAUCGAUCUCUGUGCUGCUAUAGUUGAUGAAUUUCUUUGCUACAUAUUUUUCUCAUCAAAAUGCCUAUGAUGAUAGUGGUUGGAGUAGGCUUUGUUAUAUUGUGUGGUUAUGGCAUUCAAAAUGCAUU